GUUACAUUUCAGUAUACUAUUGACGGCUGCAGUACGCACGCAACCUGGUACGCCAGACGGCAACUGGCAAGACCUUGUUUACGACUCAACACGGGCUACAAUGCCUUGACGACACGGCGUUGCUUGAACCAUGGACGCACUGUUAGCGGUUGCAGUGGAGGAAAUUGGGCUGGAGGGGCGUGAAGGUUGCCGUGUGACUGACCUCUGGGAGCUGGUGUCAGCACGUCUGCCGGUGGGAACCAUCACCAGCCUGCCGACGCAGCUGCAGGACGUGCUGUGGCGCCUGCUGCUGAACCGCCCCGCCGAUGUGGGGGUCUACAUAACCGGCGCCAGGGCUGCGCCGCCGCCCAAGACCACGGCUACAGGCCGUGUGAAAAAGGCACCACCCAACCCCUUGCUGCAGUACCAACGGCUGUCCGACGAGGAGGCCAGGACGCUGGGCCGGGACCAGGCCAGCAACGACGGAUUCAGGCUGGUGGCGUCUGAGGCUGUGCGCAUGUCCGUGCUGGGUGUGUACGAGAUGAUGGACACGCGCUUCCCGCUCAGCGAGGUGCAGCUGGCGGCGCUGGAGGCCAUUGGCCGCACGCGGGGGCGCGGCGCCAUCAAUGCCGACCUGGCCAACCGCAUGGAGGUGGCCUACCGCAACUUCUUCUACAUCGUCAAGAACCUUGUGACUCGCAGGCUGAUUGUGAAGAACCCGGUGGUGUUCGCGCCGCCCGGCGUCACCACCACCGUGUCCAGUGUGCUGCACCUGCCGCGCUUCCAGCCCGCCAUCAAGCUGGGGCCGGGCCAGAUGUUCAAGACCGUGGACGCCAUCCGCGGCAUGGAGGUGGCGACCUACGUGCUGCAGGACGACAACCUGUACAUGCGCCUCAUCUGCAGCACCAUCGCCGAGACCGAGGAGCGCUUCGUGGUGGAGAGCGACCUCAAGGUGGUGUGCGGCUUCAGGGGCAAGCGGGGACACCGCCUGUGGCGCCGCAUGAGGAAAAAGCUGGAGGACGGCGGCUUCCUGCGCAUGGAGUCCAGCAACGUGCGCGGCCGCAACGUGCCGUGUGUGCGGCUCAUGAAGUUCUGGCAGCCGCCCACGGAGGACGGCGGCGAGGAGGCGCCGGAGGAGGGCGGCGCAGGCGACGGCGAGGAGGCGGACGAGGAGGACGAGGACGACGGCCCCGGCGGCGGCGGCCUGACGGGGCCGGGCGCCCGCGGCAGCAGCGCGCUGGCCGAGUACUCGCUGGAGCGGCAGCUGCUGGACCUGGUGUGCGGCGCGGGGCCGGAGGGCGUGCUCAACAGCGACCUGUUCCGGCGCCUGGGCGUCAGCUCCAAGACCUACGGCUCCAAGCUGGUGGACCUGAUCAAGCGCUACAACCUGGAGGUGGCGGUGGUGAACCGCGGCCGCUCAGUGCUCAACCGCAUCACCGCGCCGCCGCCGCUGCUGCGAGCCGCCGGACACACCCGCCUGCGCAGCAACACCCUCACGCAGCUGCUGCGAUACACCUCCACCGGCGGCGUGCUCGGGGGCCGCAGGCUGGCGCUGCCGCCGCCGCCUCCGCAGCCGGGCGCCGGCGCGGUGGCGGCGGCGGCGGCCACGGCGGCGGUCCAGGCGUCAAUGGCGGCAGACGGCGGGGCCUCUGCCGGGGCGGGCCCUAGCACCGCGGGGCCGGGCGGUGUGGCUGCGGCUACUGAGGAGGAGGAGGAGGGCCCGAAUGACGGCAAUGAGGAGGGCGGCGCGGACGGCGAGGAUGAGGAUGAGGACGUGGGGGCCGAGGGCGGCUCGACGCGGAAGCAGAGGGCCGCGAAGCGCCGGCGCACGGGCGGCUCGGCGGCGGCGGACGAGGGGGGUGCGCGGGCGGUGGGGGCGCCGCACGCGCCGGGCGGCGCUGGCGGCGCGAUCGUGCCGGUGGAUGCCGCGGCAGGCAAGGACAAGAAGCCGCACUGGACCAAGGUCAUUACGCUCAAGACCGAGGACCGACUUAAGCUGCUGCUGGACUACCUCAACAAGCACCGCUUCAUCGUGCGGACGCAGGUCCGGCGUCUAGUGAUGGAGUGGGAGAACGCCGCCAGCGGCCGCCCCAUGGCCAAGUCCAACGCCGGCCCCGACAUCAAGACGGUGCGGCGGCUGAUGGAGCGCCUGGUCAGCAGCGGCCGCGCCAAGAUGAUUGCGGUGGAGACGUCCGGAUUCAUGGGCGACAACAGGCCGAUCGAGACGCUGCUGCGGCCCGACCUUGAGCCCAACCCCGAGCUGCUGGACGAGAUCCGCCGCUUCAUGGCCGAGUUCGAGCGCAAGCUGAGGUCCGAGUGCUGCCGCAACGCGCUGGCGGCCAAGAAGCUGAGGCAGAGCGAGGGCGAGCGCGUGGCGCCGCUGCUGGCGCCGGAGCAGGUGCUGCCGCCGGGGCUCCUGUCAGUGGUGCAGGCGGCCGCGGCGGAGGCGGAGGCAGCUGCGGCGGCUGCGGGUCCGGAGGGCGACGCGGGGGCGCUGCCGGCGCCGGACACGGGUGCCUACGGCGCGGCGGAUGGCCCAGAGGACGACGGCCAGGACGCACUGCUCAGGGCCGCCGUUGCGAACCCGGACGCAGAGAUGCAGCCGGGCGGCGGCGCAGCCGCAGCAGCGGGGGAGACCCCCGGCGCCGAGGGCGCCGCCGGCGCCCCUACCGGCGGCGCCCCAGCCGCCGCUGCCCGGCGCACCCCGGGCCUGCAGGGGGCCUCAGCGGGCAGUGGGCCUCAGCGCAUGGGGUUGGGCGCACUGCGGAACAUCGACACGGUGGGCCUGGGCCGCAACGUGAUGCGCAUCGGCGCCUUAGAGCACAGCCAGCGCGCCACCGCCAACGGCCUCAUCCCGGCCAAGAUGGUCCGAGUGCGCCUGCUGCACUUCCUUAUCGCCAAGCUGGUCGGCCUGGGCGGCUUCGCGGGCGACCCGCUGGCCGCCACGGAGCCGGGUCCCGAGGUGCUGGCCAACAUGCCGCGGGGCUUGGGCAACGACAUGUACGCCAACAGCGCCGAGCUGGGACGACAGGCGUUUGCGUUCGGCGGCAUGGGCACCGCCGCGGCGCCCGCCAACGCGGGCCCGCAGGCGCUGGCGGCGGGCGUGGUGCGGCCCGACCGGCGCUGCGUCAGCGUGCGGCGGCUGUGGUCGGUCAUGCCGCUGAGUGUGGCGCUGCAGGUGCUGGGCAGCUCCUGCUCGCGGCCGCCUGCCGAGCUGGCGCAGCUGUGCGAGGCGGGCGCCACGCUGGGCUCGCUGCCUCGUGAGGUGGCGCUGGACGUGAUGGACAGCACUAGCGUUAAUCGGCUGGAGUACCUCAUCUCCAUACUGCGGCGGCUGCGGCUGCUGGAGUGGGUGGUGGUGGACCCCGCCACCAGCCGCCGGCCGGGCGGGCACGUGGGCGGCGUGUACUCGGGCAAGAACUCCGGCGUCAUGCUCAACGUGCUGGGCAAGGGUGUGCUGGAGAUCCCCUACGGCCAGGAUUACGAGGCGCCGGCCGCCGACUCGGGAGUGGACAUCACCACCACCAAGCAGGGCAGCCUGGGCACCGGCAACUACGUGGAGAUAUCCCUGGCCAACGCGGCCGGUCUGGACGAGUACUGGCGCCGCUUUGAGGAGUACUACCGACUGGAGCGAGCCGGACCCACCAUGAUCGCCAAGAUCAAGAGGUGCUUCCCGGCCACAACUGUGACCGAGGUGCUGAGCAAGAACGUGUGGUACGGGCAGCGGCUGAUGGCGGCUGUGCAGUGGCUGCGGCUGCAGGCGGGACUGGACCGCAUCGACCUCACCGACGGCUCGCAGAUCACGGGCCUGGCCGCCGAGUUGGGUCUGGACGUGGACGUGGUGGCGCGCAUCGUGUACGACCGCCGCCGCCGCCAGCCGCGCGAGGGAGAGGACGUGCUGGCCUCGGUGGCGGAGGGCGGAGAGGCCGGCGAGGGGGCGGCGGGCGGCGGUGCAGGCGGGGCCGGCGGCGCGCGCGUGACGACAUUGUCGCGGCGGCUGCCUGUGCGGCUGCCGCGGCUAUAUGUGGGCGUGCGCGGCGUCACGAUCCAGGGCAAGUCCGCCGCCGCCGCCGCCGGCGAUGCCGCCUCCGGCGACCUGACGCUCCUGGGCGCGACCCGCAAGCGGCGGCGCUCCGUGCGCAACAUGAGCCCCGAGUCGCGCGAGCGCUACCUGUCGGAGAAGGCGGCGGAGUUGGAGGCCAAGGCGGCGCGCAAGGCGGCGCGGGCGGCGGUGCGAGCAGAGAAAGAGGCGGCGCGGCAGGCGAGGCGCAUGAUGCCGCCGGGGCGGCGGCCGCGCCGCGUGCGGCGCGGCGAGGAGCAGGACGAGGAGGAGGGGGCGGGGCAGGGGGCAGAGGAGGCGCGGGCGGUGCCGACGCGGCGGCGGCUGGGAGAGCGCAAGCGGCGGAAGGCGGGCGAGCGCGAGGAGGGGGCGGAGGGGGAGGAGGAGGGCGAUGGCGAGCUGCGCCGCCGCAGGAAGAAGAGCAAGCACCGCGCCGGCGGCGAGGAGGCCGGCGGCGGCGCCGCCGCUCCCACCACCUUCACCAACUGGCUGCUCCUCCCCACGCCCUUCGUGGACCGACACGCCACCGCGCAGCCGCGCCGCUCCGACUCCGGCUCCGACUCCGGCUCAGAGGAGGAGCGCCGCCUUGCGGGCGAGCUGGAGGACGAAGACAAUGACGACGUCGAGGAGGAGGAGGAGGGCGACGUGCGGUCCGUGCGCAUGCCCUCCAGCGCCGCGCCCACGCGGCACCAGCGCGUGCGCUGGACGCUGUCCGAGGACCGCGCGCUGAUGGCCUGGUUCGUGCGGCACGCGGCGGAGCGCUGGCCGCGCGUGGUUUGGAAGGAGGGCGCGGGCGUGCUGCCGUACGACCAAAAGAUCUGCACCCGCCACAUGCGCUACCUCAAGCGCGUGUACCCCACCCACAUCGGCCGCAUCAUGGACCUGGUCAAACGCGCCUUCCAGUACAAGCAGGCCAUGGACCGGGUGCGAGAGCGCCGCGCCGCGCGCGAGGGCGAGUACCGCGAGCGCCUGCGCCGCCGCCAGCUGGGCCUGGCGCCGCAGCCGGCCGGCACCAGCUUCAUGAUGAGCGGCCCCGACGACGACGAGGCGGCGGCGCCGGGCCGCGUCCAGCCUGUGCAAGAUCUGCUGGCGGCGGCGGCGGCGGUGCGCACGCCGGCCGAGGUGGCGGCGGCCGCCGCCGCGGCCGCGGCGACGGUGGCGGCGGCGGCGCAGGCGGCUGCAGAGGCCGGUGAGGCCGGCGUGGCUGCCAGCAUCCGCAAGCAGCGCGCUCUGGACGUGACGCGCGCCAUUGUGGAGGGCAGAGCUAGGCCGGCGGCGGGCGAGGCCGAGGCGGAGCCACAGGAGCCGCCGCCUGCACAGCAGGCGGCGGCGCCGGCGGCGCCGCUGCCGGCACCGGCCGAAGCUGAGCCGGUGCCUGAGGACCCCACCGAGGCUGCGGAGCAGGCGCAGCAGCACGCGGCGGAGGAGACGGAGCUGCAGGAGCUGGACGCGCAGCGGGAGGUGUACGUGGUGGAGGCCCUGGGGCUGGCGGAGGCGCUGGUGGCGUCCUUCCAGCGCCGCAAGAGCCAGCAGAUCCGCGAGGAGAUGCAGCAGCGCGGCACGCUCAGCCUGGGCGCGCGCCUCACCACCUCGGCCCUGGCCGCAGCCAUGCGGCAAGUCGCCAAGCGCUCCUCGCUAGGUGAUGUGGCGGCAACAGCGGCCGCCGUCUCGGCGGCGGAGAAGGCGUCCGCCGCCGCCGCCGCCUCCGGCGGCGGCGCCGCCACGGGGCGCAAGCCGGUGGCGGCGCCGCUGAUGGCGCUCAUGUUCAGCAGCGCCGCCGCCGCGUUGCCCAAAGUGACGACGGCGCCGCGGCCUAGCAUGGCGAUCACAACAGCCAUGAGUCAGCUGCUGGGGCUGCUCUACCACGUGCACACCGCGGCCUCGGGCGCGGGCACCGGCACCGCCACCGCAGCCGCCUGGCGCACGCCGGCGGUGGUGGAGGCGCUGGCCGACUUCACGCGGCGCUUCCCGGCCGAGGUGAAGACCGCGGCGCUGAAGCAGCUGCAGUCGCGCGGCUGGCUGCUGCCGCCCGCGCCCAAGCGGCAGCUGGAUCUGACCCCCGCCUACCUGAUGCGCCUGUACGGCGGCGAGAUGCCGGCCUGGCUGUUCGGCCGCGCCGCCACCGCCGCCGCGCGCCUGGACAGGCUGCUGGCGCAGCUGCGGCGCACGCAGCAGCAGGGCUCAAGCCAGCGUGGUGAUGCGGCGGCGGCGGCGGAUGCGGCCGACGCCAUGGAGGUAGAUGGCGAGGGCGAGGCAGCGGACGACGCGGCCGCCGCCAGCGCGGAUGCCGCAGCAGAGGCGGCGGUUGCGGACGCGGAGGAGCUGGCGCUUGGCGUGGCCGUGGGCGAUGCGGAGCGGCAGGGCGCGGCGGCGGUGCAGCGCGGCUGCGUGGUUGACGCCGGUCGCGGCGCGGUGGUGGUGGAGGUGGGCGAGUCCAUGAGCAUCAGCAGCGAGCUGGUGGCGGUGGUGCUGGCGCGGCAGGCGGCGGGGCUGCUGGAGCUGCUGCCAGGGCCGGUGGACUCGCAGGCGGAGUGGGCGGGGGAGGUCGCCACCACGGGGCCACUGGUCACCUCAGUCAAGCUGCUCAUCACGCCGGGGCCGGCGGCAGCGGCAGCAACAGCAGCCCGCGCCGACAAGGCGGGCGACAAGGACGAGGCGGCAGCGCCAGGGGCAGCAGGAGCAGCGGCGGCAGGCGCACCGCCGCCGGCGACGAUACCGAUCACGCCGCCGCCGGCGGUCGUGGGUACACCGGUCAUCGUGACGCCACCGGCCGCGGCGACCCCGGACUCGGUGCCCGCGGAGCGCACCGCGGCCGGGCGGCACCAGCACCAGCUGCACCACCACCACCACCACCACCAUGCACAUCACCGGCGCCGCGACUCGGGCUCUGGGCUCGCCGCAGACGACGCCCCUGCUCAGGCGCUGGCCCAGCCACAGGCGCAGCACGGCUGGCCCUGGCCCGGCGCCUACGACCUGCCGCCGGAGCGUCCGCCGCUGUUCGCGCCGGCCGAGGUCGCCACCAGCGCCGCCGUCCGCGCCGCCGCCGUGUCAGCUUGCCGCGCCGCGCUGGCGGCGGAGGCGGCGGCGGCGUCCUGCCCGCCCGCCAUCCUGGGCGAGCUCAUGGACGCGACGGCGGCGCUGCUGGGCGCCGCCGGCGUUGAGGGCCUCACGCUGGCGGAGCUGUCGGCGCAGCUGGAAGCAGCGGCGGCGGGAGAUGCCACCGCUGCCGCCGCAGCCGCCGCAGGCGGUGCCCAGGCGGGCAGCGGCACCGGCGAGGACGUUCAGGGCGAUGGGGAGUCGGGCGCAGCUGCCAGCGGCAGGGGCGCAGUGAAGGUGUCGGUGGCGCUGUCGGCGCCGGCCACGCACCACCACAUCGCUCUGGUGUUGCGCGGGCUGGAGGCGCACGGCCUGUUGCGGCGGCUGGGCGCCUGGGACGCCGUGCACUUCGUGGCCGCCGAGCACUCCAACUGCCUCGUCACCUGGCCGGCGCCUGCGCCGCAGCCGACACCCUCGGAGCCGCAGACGCAGCAGAGCGGUGACCAGCCGCAGGCAGCUGCAGGCGGUGCGACGGCUGGGGCGGAGGCAGGGGCAGGGGCAGAGGCGCAGGCGGGCGCCGCGCAGCCGCUGGCAGGCGAGGGAGCUGCCACGGCGGGAGCUCCCGUGGCAGAGGUUGCCGCUGCAGACGCGGCCGCCCCCACGGCUGCCGCUGCCGCGGCGCCCGCGCAUGCGGUGCCCGCCGACGCCAUGAACACCACCACCACCACCAGCACCGGGGCCGACGCCGCGACUGCCGCGGCCGCGCCGCAGGCUCCGCUGCCCCCUGAGCGGCCGCUGCGGCCGUGGGUGGACCACACCGGCGCCGUGAACAGCCGGCUGUGGGUGGCGCUGGUGACGCGCGCGCUGGCGCUGGUGAUGCGGCACCCGGGCAUCCCCGAGGAGCUGCUGGUGUCGCACCUGGACACGCUGCCGCCGCAGGCCGCGCGUGAGCUGCUGCACCACCUGGCUGCACACGGCCGCGUGUCCGUGCGCACGGCGGUCGGUGUGGGCGCCGGCGUAGGCGGGGGCGGGGGCAAGGCGGGAGCUGGCGGUGGCGUGCCGCGGCGUCCGCUGCUGCUUGGCGGAGGCCGGGCGUCAGCCGGCGCGGCGGGUUUUGGUGCUGGCGGAGCGGGGGCGGGGGCAGGUGCCGGCGCGGCGGCGGGGCCCGGGGCUGCGGGUGUGCGGCCAGGUCACCCGCAGGCAGUGGUGCACUACUUCCCGGUGCUUGAGCAGUACUGCGGGGAGCGCAUGCUGCUGCUGCCACCGCCGUGAGCGAGGGUAGUGGUGGUAGACUGGGCUGUGUAGGAUGCGGCGCGGCCGGCGCCGGGGUGUUGCGGGGUGGGUGCUGGGCGUGUUCUGGUAACGCCAACUAGUGUUGUGACGGCUGGCAAGGUAUCCCUUCAUUGCAAGCUGGACAACAGUAAGACCUGCGUGGGAUGACCUGGGUAUUUGAAUCUCAGAUGCCCCCGCGGAGCCGAGGCAAGGUCUGUUAAUGGCAGUCCGCUGGCAAGGGCGCUGUAAUAAAGGACUACUCCAGGUUAAUGAGUCUAUGUGGAUAGGAUGAGCUUUGAUGCGUGGUGCCAGGCCGUGGACGGCUUGCUGCAAGGCUCAAGGGAUGGGUCACAGGUGGUCUGACGAGUGCUGCUGUGGUGCGGGACAUCGACGUGAGGUAGCCGAGAGCGGGUCAGAACUGCUACAGCUCAUGUGCCUGCCCUAGCAAGCCUCCCCUAUAUCAGAUUCCAUGAAGGGGGUGGGUGGGUUGCAUCCAGCAUCCAUGAAGGGGGAGCGCAGCCGCCGCGAAGGAAGGCGAGGGAUUUGCACAGGCCCC